UCUGGUUGCAGCUUUCGCAUACCUAUCUUAAAAUUAAUUUCCAAGUGAAAAAAUUAGAAAAAUUAGGUAACUUACUGCUUACAUACCCAUGCCGUGGUGAUUUUCGGUCACGUCAGAAAGAGUGUUCUUAUUAACUGUAUUGGUCCUUAUCUUUUGAAUGUGAACCGUUGACGAAGACAACAUCAGAGCUCGUAUUCUGAGAUUGUCUCACCAGGUUCUACUAGAACGUUUUCGUCAGAUUCAGGAUUCGUACGCGUCUCCUGUACUUCGUUUAUUACUGGAUUUCAUGUUGGGAACCUGAAAGCCGAUAUUUAGAGAUAUUAUGGACCGCCUUUCGAAGUCUCUCACUCCGAAGAAGCGGGACAAAACUUACAUAAGUCUGUCCUCGGACGAAGAAAUAACGGAAACCUUCGCUACGACUUCUCAACACGAUCGUCGUCCAGUGAAGAGAACGUCGCACGAUCAUCUCCGCGAGCAUCAUUCAUCACCCAAGAAAUCCCCCCGUCGUCAUCGCAAGGAUACCGAGUAUGAAGUCGUUGAUUUGUUAGAUCAUCGAAGGGAAGGCAAGGAGAAGAUCCUCGUGUACAUGGUAAAAUGGGCGAAGUUGCCAGGAGAUUUGACCGAGACGAUCUCCUGGGAGCCUGAAAGCAACAUAACGGGCUGUUCAGAAUUGCUGCGUAAAUAUUGGAUACGAUACGAGCGAAGUAAACGACGAGAUGGCAAAAGUUCUUCGCCUCGCUACAAAGUCUCUCCAAAAUCGCCCAAGGAUGUGGAAAAACGCGCAAAGAAAGACGAAGUGCAAGAUUAUACGGUGGAAUCUGACUGCGAAUCCGAUCGCAAGAAAUCUUCACGGCGAUCCACAACUUCACCCAGGUCCGAUGAUAAAUCAGUAUCCAUAGUGUUUAAGAAAGAAAAGCAUGUUGGCGAACGGUCGCAUAUCGAGAAGCACGUGCUAAAUGAUCAGCUUGACAAAUAUCGGAAAGUCAAAAUGGAGAAAGAGCGCAAGAAGAUCGGACGUGUUCGUCGCGAAAAGGAGAGGAGUACGAGCGAGUCGUCGGGUGUUUCGGUGGAUAUUUCAGGGUGUGCUGCUACCGAAGAAGAGAUGCGGGAUAUUGUAGUAGUCAGAGACGAGGAUAGCGAUGCGGUGACGGAUCCGGGAUCGAAAUCCAUGGACAGCGGAUUCAGCGCGGCUACGGCGAAGAAACCCAUUCCCUGUGAACAGCCAGAAAGGGAAGGUUCUCCGGAAAUAGCUCCGAUCCCCAUGGUGCUUCCGCCACCGAUACCACCCCGAGUUCCCGGUAAGGGUGUCCGCGUGGCUGAAAUCGAUGCAAGUGUUGCGCCGCCUGGCUAUCCCAGCCCCAGUGAUCCACCCGAAAUCGGAUGUAUUUGGCAUGUGGAUACCAAAGAUGGGUGCCCUCCCUCUGAAGAGACUUGGGUGUUGUUUUUUCUCGGAGAAACUGGCAUUCGCACCAUAACCAGAGCCGAAGCCUUAAAGAAAUUCCGAGAUUAUGUGGCAAAGUAUUCGCAAAAGGAAAGGAGCAAGGAGAGUGCGUGACAACGUGCCGGUUUCUUUCCUUUGAAAUAAAUUGGAAGAAGAGUCAGUAUGGUAACAAAUGUUUUCGAAGUUUAUUUUUUUCUGAGUUGCAUGCAGUCGAGAAUCUUUCUUGGUUUGAGUGAUACAGUGCAUGAAAAUUAAUAAUGAGUUGUGUAUUAUUUGUUUAGAGUUAGGUAGAGCUAACAGAUGUUUUACAGCUGCUGUAGCUUAACGGGUUCAUACAGACGCGUUCUAUGGAUUUAAAAAAACAGAAUUCUGUGAAUAUUUCUAGCAAUUGCUUGGGCAGUUGGGCUUACUAUUAAAAGUAAAACGGUA